AUGUCUGAUCUCAGAAAUGUUCGGAAAGUCAAAUAUCCCCAGUUCCUUCAACUGAUCUUGGUCUUUGAGCCUCUCGCUGUACCGAUUGUCCUCUGGAUACAUUCCAGCUUCCUAGAUUUCUCUGAAACCAUCUUUUUCUGUAGAGAAAUAGGAGUUCGGGGUACUGAAGAAACAGGCGCCCUGAGAGGACACAGACCCUCGAGGCUGGGACUCUCAUUUCCAUUACAGAAAAUUCUCUUUAAGGGCCAAGCGCCCAGUUCCUUUUCUUCUUUGCCCACCCCACCUACCAGCUUUCCCCCAAAGAGGCAGGACAUCCCAGGGCUAGGAAGAAGAGCUGCUGGGCCCCUCCCCCGGGCGGGGACAGCCCAGAGAAGAAGAAGCUGCCCCCGCCCCGCCACCCAGUCUAGUGGCCAGCAGCCGCUGAGGCCUUGCUACGUCUUUUCCUCUGCUCUGCCCGAUGCCCGGGCUCCAGUGACUGGCACAGGCGGGUGCACGGAGCAUGGGACAGUGAAGACCAUGGAAGGCUACCGGGGCUUCUUGGGUCUGCUAGUGUCUGCGCUGCUCCUCGGCUUCCUGGCAGUUAUCUUCACCCUCAUCUGGGUCCUUCAUUAUCGAGAGGGGCUCGGCUGGGAUGGGGGCUCCCCGGAGUUUAACUGGCACCCAGUGCUGACUGUCACUGGCUUCGUCUUCAUCCAGGGCCUCGCAAUUAUUGUCUACAGAUUGCCCUGGACCUGGAAAUGCAGCAAGCUCCUGAUGAAAUCCAUCCAUGCCGGGUUAAAUGCUGUUGCUCUGAUACUUGCAAUUGUUGGUGUGGUAGCUGUUUUUGACUUCCACAAUGCCAAGAACAUUCCCAACAUGUACAGUCUGCACAGCUGGAUUGGACUGGUUGCUGUCAUAGUUUAUGCUGCACAGCUUCUCCUAGGUUUUCUCAUAUUUCUGCUCCCUUUUGCUCCUCCGGCUCUCCGAGCAAUUCUUAUGCCAAUCCAUGUUUAUUCUGGUCUGCUCAUCUUUGGAACGGUGAUUGCAACAGUACUUAUGGGAGUGACCGAGAAAUUGAUUUUUGCCUUGAAAGAUCCUGCAUAUAGAGAUUUACCCCCAGAAGGUAUUUUUGUCAAUACCCUUGGCAUUCUUGUUCUGGUGUUUGGUGCUAUUGUUUUUUGGAUAGUCACUAGGCCUCAGUGGCAGCGUCCCAAAGAACCAAAUGCUAAAUUUCUUCAGCCAAAUGGAAGUACUCCAGAGGGUAAUGAUUAUUCCGUGACAGGCGACUUUGGCAACGUGGACAAAUCCGAUGUGGACAGCGAAGCAGCAACAAGAAAAAGGAAUCUCAAACUGGAUGAGACUGGACAGAGAUCAACCAUGUAAAGGGCUAUUUGCAUGUUGUCUUAUAAUUUCACUUCAAAACAUCUCCAGCUCAGCUGUAGCUAGAUAUGAAGAAUCUUCCUAUUCAGCUACAAAAACAAUUAAAUUUUAUAUAUCUUUAUUUUAACCAGAUGUAUUAAGUAAGUAGUAGUGUUUAAAAAAAAAUUACACGGUGUGGUUGAGGGCCAGAACUGAUCUGAACUGAAAAAGAACAUAAUCAAUUUGGGAGACAUCACGUAGUAGCUUUUUUCUUACCAAGAACCAAAGCCCCACCCAGACUGACUAUAAGUUCUCUGGUGGUAGGGACAACCUCACACCUUUUUGUAUCCACCAGUGCUCAGCUAAGUGCCUUGCACAGAACGUGUGCUCAGUCAAUGUUUGUGGGUUAAUUUGAUGGACUAGUAGCAUCCCCUAUAACCUCAUGUCUGUCAUCUUUAGCUUCUUCUCAGGCCUUCUGAGCUUGGGAGCUAGACAAGACUGAAGGGAUUGUAUCAGAGGCCUGAAACACCAACUUAGAUCAUUAUUGAGCACUCUCAAUGUCUUUAUAGAAACCUAGUUGAAUAGAGUGCUGGGCCUGGAGUGAGGA